AUGUCGUCGACCGCAACCGCCACCUCCACCGCCGCCAGCGCGAGCAGCAGCGCCGACUGCGGCGCGAACCUGUACAACAUCCCCGUGCAGGACCCGGCGGUCGGGAUCCGGGCGGGCGGCAACCACACGGACAUCAUGGCGGCGUGCUGCGGGAAGGCGGACGUGAUCUCGUACUACUCGGGGUGCGGGCUGUACUGCCUGGCCGAGGGCCAGAGCGUGGACGACGUGAUCCACUGCGCGUACGACAAGGGCGCCGCGUACCAGGACGUCUUCUACCGCGGCAACGUCAACGCGACCGCCACCGUGACCGACUCCGCCCUGCCCACCUCCGCCGACGCGAGCGUCGUCGUCACCGGCGGCAGCACCAAGGCCACCGCUACUGGCAGCAGCGAGUCGGGCAGUUCCGCCAGCUCGACGAGCUCGCCCGGCGCCGCCGCGAACGUGCGUCCCGAGCUGGGAAGCCUGAGCACCAUGGGCUUGACGAUCGGCGCGCUGUUGCUGUCGGCUACGGCGUUCGGUGCUUUCCAGCUCUAG